AUCGAAACCGGCAAGUAUGGCCCCGCCUCUUGUCUGCAAAUCCAAGCAGUCUAUUGGCUAAUCUAGCUGCCCUUCAACCAAACUGACAUUCUGAUUGGAUACAUAAAAGGCGUGUUCUUCGCCCCAAACAAAUCACUCGUUUCGGAUUGGUCAACGAAAUAAUGAACCGCAGCCGCUCACGUCACAUGUUCGGUGCAACAUGGCUGCUACCAUAGAGUGUGGAGCUGAUACCAAUACUUCAGAAAACAACAUGUCCCUGAAGAAAGCUCUGUCUGCAGUUUCUCCCCUCACUCUGCGAAUCGUUGCUGAAUGCCCAGUGACAAAAGCAAGAGCUUGUGAUCUUAUACUGCCACACAGUGCCGUCAGCACGCCGGUGUUCAUGCCUGUCGGUACUCAGGGCACUCUGAAGGGGAUCACUGUGGAUCAGCUGGAGGGUCUUGGCUGUCAGAUUUGUCUUGGAAACACUUACCACCUGGGCAUGAGACCGGGGCCUGAUUUGAUCGAGAAAGCCAAUGGUUUACAUGGGUUCAUGAACUGGAAGAGAAAUCUUUUAACUGACAGCGGGGGGUUUCAGAUGGUGUCUCUAGUUGAGCUCUCGGAGGUCACUGAGGAAGGGGUAAAGUUCAAGUCCCCCUAUGAUGGCAAAGAGAUCCUCCUCAGUCCUGAGAAAUCCAUCAGCAUACAGAACAGUCUGGGGUCAGACAUCAUGAUGCAGCUGGAUGAUGUGGUCAGCAGUACCGUGACGGGACCACGAGUGGAGGAGGCAAUGCACAGAUCCAUUCGCUGGCUGGAUCGCUGCAUUACAGCCAAUAAAAAUCCAGGCAAACAAAAUCUCUUUGCUAUCAUCCAGGGAGGGCUGAAUGCCGAGCUGCGCAAGGCCUGUCUAGAUGAAAUGACUCAACGUGAUGUUCCCGGUUUUGCCAUCGGAGGCCUGAGUGGAGGAGAAGAGAAGGAUGACUUCUGGCGGAUGGUCACCCUGAGCACGAACCACCUGCCUCGGAAGAAGCCUCGAUAUCUCAUGGGUGUAGGGUAUGCUGUGGAUUUGGUGGUGUGUGUAGCUCUGGGAUGUGACAUGUUUGACUGUGUGUUCCCCACCCGCACUGCGAGGUUUGGCUCAGCCUUGGUUCCCUGGGGAUCUCUCCAGGUAAAACAUAAACAGUAUGCCAAGGACUUCCAGCCAAUAGACCCAGACUGCCAGUGUCCCACCUGCAAGAAACACAGUCGGGCUUACCUCCAUGCUCUGUUUAAAAGUGACACUGCAGCCAUGCAUCACGUCACCAUCCACAACAUUGCCUACCAGCUCACCCUGAUGCGCUCUGUGAGACAGAGCAUUGUGGAAGGACGCUUCCCUGAGUUUAUACGGACGUUCAUGAAGCGAUUGUUUCCCUCCCCUGACCAGUACCCCAGCUGGGCUGUGGACGCUCUCGCCUCCGUCAACGUUACACUGGAAUAGAACUGGGCAGGCAGCCGUCGUGCUGUAAAUGUCAAACAGUGACUGAAAGAUUUUAUAUCUUUUAAAUGACUUUUUUUAUGGAUGCUUUUUUCUUUUUUCUACUCUUUGUUUUUAUUUGUAUGGAUUGCCAUUUUUUUUUCUGGCGAUGAGCAAAAUGGCUUUUGAUCUGAAGGGAUAAAGCCUGAUAGUCUUUUUCUUUACUCAGCCUCUGCAAAUUGUCCUCAGAGUACACAUUAUGAUAAUGUGAGACUGAAUGGGGUUUAAAUGAGGUUUGAAACACAUGAACUAUCUCCGCUGAUACGCUCCGACACUUUUGUUGUUACCAUGGCUACAGAGCUCGGCCCACCCACUAGAAAUGAAAUGUUUUGCCUUCAUGUCAACCAGGUGCUUCAAUUUUACCAAAGGCACAAGAUUAAUAAAUGAUUGUGUGUUCUGGUGUUUUAACCCACAUCUUAACAGA